ACACAGACACACGCUCACUCUCCCUAAAGGAGGGAGCGAGGCAGAGACACAGAGAGGGGAUUGAGAGGAGCAGGAGAGGAGGCUAUCUCUCUCCACUGCGGCGUCUGGCUUUCACUAAAAGGUCCAUGACGACCGUGUUUUCCCUGAGCUUGUUUGCCUAAUUUAUUCCUGCCGGGGCCAGCUGAAAGAAAGGCGGAAAAACGAACAAAAAAAAAAAAAAAAGAGAGAAAGAGAAAGAAAAAGGGACGGGCAGAAUAGUAAAGAGUGAAACAGUACACGCUGACUUAGUGACAGGGAAUGCAGAGAGGUUUUGGCCCCUGGUUGUUACUGCUGGAUGGACAAGCACUGACAAAACAAGGAAAGGACGAGACUUUAUGGAGCUUUGAGAGAGGAUUUCUCAACUCGGCUUUUGUUUUGGCUUGCCGUUUUUUUCUGUGACAUUUGAUCCCGGGACACCACAGACUGUGAAGAGUUGGAGGAGCCACAAGGAAAACAUCAUUUCACCACAGAGGAGGACUUCUUUGAUGAACUUUCUUUACAGAGACCACAGAGACAUAAUUUUAGGAGUGGAAAAGGAGUGUGUUAUCAUUCUCCUUGUUUUAAUAGCAGGUGUGGCGUCAGCUGGAUCUUUUUGGCUUGUUGUACGACAUAGAGGUGCUCCCGGCCCCAGAAUAAUCCACUGUUUAUAAGAGCUGUGUCACUGUGGUCAUCACCUCUCAGAUUACCAAAGAAACAACACAACAUCCAAUUUCCAAAGCUCUCCCAUGAGUUUUUUUCCCCCCUUUUGGGACAAAUGACUGAGCAUUUUUAGAGCCAAAUCUUAUUCUACUUUCCCCCUUCAUCACUAUCACUUCUGCUUUUAAAACAGGCCCUGCAAGUCGAGAGUGAGCCUGGACUCGAACUGCCUCAGAUCAGCAGAUAACACCUCUGCACAGCAGGAACUGGUUGGACUAGUUUAUAAGUUGGAGCAGAGGGCAGGGCAGUUAACCCUGCUUAAAGGAGAGCUGCUGUGGUUUGUUUUCCUCCGACCUUCCCGUCCUUCUGGGAUAAAGUCUUCUUUAUUCACACAGCGACUCUAACCUGUCUCUCGUCGUCAUGCUUAGGGAUAGGUGAGGUAUUGUUUUCUUGGUUUUUUUUGUUUUUUUUGUUUUACUUCUUCCGUGGGUAGAAAGAGAGAGAGAGAGAGAGAGAAAGUGAGAGGGAGGGAGAAGGAGUCAAAGUGUAAUUUAUUGUUUCCUGUGAAAAGAGCAAGGCUGCACCCUUUUCUCCUGCCUGAACUCUGAACCACUCAAUGUGUGUCUGAAGUUUUCUCAGACCCUGAGAGCCAUUGAUUGGAGGUCAGGGCAGUGAACACAAGGGUGAAAGAGAAGAACAGAGAGAGAGAGAUUUAAAGAAGAGAGAAAACAGCACUGGGAAGGACCUCCAGGUCAUUAGAACCAGACGGCAAAGGGGAGAGAGGUCAGGACACGUCCUGGGCAACUUUUUUAUCCCACUUCUAGAUCUCCUUGGACAAAAGCUGCUCUUAAUACAGACCUGGAGCUACCCUAUUCUUGUUUCUGGAAUCAGUUUUUAAACUUUGAGGGUAGCUGGUGGACAGGGCGGGUCUGUGUAUGAUCCACUCACAGGGCUCCGUGUCUCAGAGAAUAUGGCCAUGGUGAGCGGGGGAUGGGGCAACCCCAACGGGGACACUAAUGGACUCGGAGAGAAGGCGUACCUGAAGAGGGAGGAUGAGGAGAGCUCGCCUCAGGCUGGAAGCAGCGAUGUGGACGUCGGGGAUGAGGACAAGGCCUGCGUUGUGGACUGCGUGGUGUGCGGGGACAAGUCCAGCGGGAAACACUACGGCGUGUUCACCUGUGAGGGCUGCAAGAGCUUUUUCAAGAGGAGCAUCAGACGAAACCUCAACUACUCCUGCAGAUCAAACCGAGAAUGCCAAAUAGACCAACAUCACCGCAACCAGUGCCAAUACUGUCGUCUGAAGAAAUGUUUCCGUGUUGGAAUGCGCAAAGAAGCAGUCCAGCGGGGCCGAAUCCCUCCGUCUCACCAAGGUAUCAGUCCAAACUCCCUGGGGGGAGGGGUUGGAGGUCCAGUGCCGGGUCACAUGGGUGUGGACUAUUUCAACGGGCAGCCAGUGUCAGAGCUCAUCUCACAGCUCCUGCGGGCUGAGCCGUACCCCAACAGCCGCUACGGGGCCCCGUACAGUCAGGCACAGAUGCAGGCAUCUGCGAGCGGAGCCUCCGUCAUGGGCAUUGACAGCAUCUGCGAGCUGGCAGCCCGGCUCCUCUUCAGCACCAUCGAAUGGGCCAGAAACAUCCCAUACUUCCCAGAACUGCCAGUCUCAGAGCAGGUGGCGCUGUUGAGGCUGAGCUGGAGCGAACUGUUCAUCCUCAACGCGGCUCAGUCAGCUUUGCCGAUACAUAUGGCUCCUCUGCUGGCAGCUGCUGGGUUUCACUCGUCACCCAUGUCCGCUGAGCGUGUAGUGUCUUUCAUGGACCAGGUCAGGGUUUUCCAGGACCAGGUGGACAAACUGAACAGGCUGCAGGUGGACACAGCUGAGUACAGCUGCCUCAAAGCCAUUGUACUCUUUUCACCCGAUGCAUGUGGUCUAACUGAUCCAGCCCACGUGGAGUCCUUGCAGGAGAAGGCCCAGGUUGCCCUGACGGAGUAUGAGAGGUUGCAGUAUCCCAACCAGCCUCAGCGCUUUGGCCGCUUGCUGCUGCGCCUCCCGGCUCUGCGCGCCGUGCCAGCCAACCUCAUCUCCCAGCUCUUCUUCAUGCGGCUGGUGGGCAAAACACCCAUCGAGACGCUGAUCCGAGACAUGCAGCUAUCAGGGAGCUCCAUCAGCUGGCCCUACGCAUCGGGACAGUGAACCCCGCUGACUGCAGAGUGAGAUGGACCGAGAUCAGACUGAGAGGAAUAAGAGCUCACAAAGAUUACUGAAUGUUAUGAAUACAAACUGGGACCUGAGAAGUUCGAGGUCCUGUUUGUGGACGUACAGGUCAGCUUUCCCCACAUUAGCCCUGCGAAGUUAGGUGGAAGUCACACGAAAGCUGUAUUCAGGGAAACUAAAACAUGUAAUUGUCUUUAUAUUUGCAGCACUUGUCAUUUUUUUUCCCUGACCUUCGUCUGAUUUCUCUCUCUGUCUCACUCUGGACAAAAAAACAGGGAUUUAACUAAACUGAAGACUCUAACAUGAGGCCAUGUGCCUGUACUACCUCCUCCCAGAUCACCCUUGUGUGACUCAGUUUGAACCCAGGAUCUGUGUGUUUUCCCUUUCCCUGUUCUUUCCAAGUCAAAGUGAAGCCAUAGCAGUGCCACUUUUACAGGCAGAGCUGGCCUAUGGUGGCAGCUUCAAAGUUUUCUGUUGUCACAGGUGGACCAUGUUGUCAUACCUAAGUUGUGUCAUGUUUGCUAUGUGUGCUGAAAUAUCAAACUUUGUUACCAAAUGUAUUUAUGAUGACUGCAAAGCAUCACUUGUACAGCAUCAAAACAGAAGGGGUAUGGACAUUGUAUUGUGUAUUGUACUAUAUCAAGUACUGUACGUACAAGACCUUUGGUAUACGGAAUAGUUCAGCAUCUGGAUUAGGAGAUUAUUUUCUUUCUUGCAGAUUUAGAUGAGAAGACUGAUUCCACUUCCAUGUUUGUAAUGUAAAUAUAAAGGUAAAGCCAGAGGCUCUUAGCUUAGCUUAGCAUAAAGACUGCAAAUGAAGGGAAACAGCUAGCCUGACUCUGUACAAAGGUUAAGAAAUCUGCCUGCCAAAUCCUCUAAAGAUCGCUUAUUAGCACAGUGAUUGUUUGUUUUGUACUAACCCCCAUCAAAAAGCAAAUUGCUGGCACAAGCCAGCCGUUUCUCCCGUUUCCCAUCUUCAUGCUAAGCUAAGCUAACAGCUGCUGGCUCCAGCUUCAUAUUUACUAUAAUCUAUAUGCAAGAAAGUGAAUAACUGUAUUAUUCAAGUUGCUGAGCUACUCUUUUAAUAUAGUAUAUUAUACACUAAUGUUCUUGCAGCAGUAAUGGACAGGAAGUGGAGGUGAAUGUACUCAAACGCACCCUGGCUCUUCAGACAGUCACAUCCCUGUGUAACAUUAUUACCUCAUGGUUUAUACAUGCAAGACGACGAUUGUGUAUUCAUGUGCUAAAGAUAAAUGUAAAGGGAUCAAGGUAUCUUUACCACAGAGAGGAUGAAUACUAAUAUUCCCCGGUUGACCUGUUUGACUUCUGAGAAUGUUUGUUGUUGAGAGUGUUGGUGUAAGAGGACACCCAAAGUUUUAGAAUUUCUGACCUGUAAAAUGGAGACUGUUGCCUCUGCUGUAAGAUAAACAUAGUUCAUUUAAAUUUUUAUUUUCCUUUAAAAGCAGUGUGUGAAAGCGCGGCCCAGUGGACAGCGGUCAUUUUCAAAUGAAUAUUAUGGUUAGGUACUCCAAAUGCUGUAAGGGUUGCGGUCUUUGUUGGUACUGAGAUAAAGGGUACUACGUGGUCACACUUCAGAUUCAAUUAAACUAUACAACACAACGUUGUGUAACCAAAUUAUAGCUCCUGAUGCUACGUACAAAAACAAAGUUAUUUAAAUGAAUAAAUAAAUAACCAAGUCAUGAAAUAAAGCAGUUUUCGUGUUGGGAGUUCAGGAGUCUGAGAGAAGAAACGGUUCUGUAACAGCAGGGUGGAGAGGCUGUGGUUGGGGUGGGUGUUGUCUUUUAAUUUUACGCUCAGUAGAUUGGUACUAAUGAAGUCCUGGGCAGUUUUAACCCCCCCCCCCCCACACACACACACACACACACCCACACACCCCACCUUGCAGCAGAACCUUCCUGUCCGUGCAUAUCCCGCACCAGUUUGACCAGACUUUAGCCUUAGCCUUUCCUUAAGAGGUGCGGUUGUUUUCGAGCUGUCUCCACCCGGGUGGAGAUGUGUGUGAUAACCACGACACGGUCUCUGUGGUGUUAAUUCCCAGGAACUUAAAGCUGUCCAGCUGCUCCACAUCAGCUCCACUGAUGUUGAUGAGGCUUGUGUGUUUUUGCCCCCUUUUUUUUUAUUCCCCCCUAUGAAAGUCAGCAAUCAAUCAGCUCCCUGGUUCUGACUGAGACUGACAUUCACGAGUGUCAUUGCCAUUAACUGCAGCUAAACAUGACAAAAUGUUUUGUUUUUUUUCCUGCAAAAUUAACUGACUGAAGGAAAAUAUAACGUGGGGAUGAGUUUUUUGUAUUACAUGUCAAAAUAAAUAAAUAAAGGCAACAAUAGUGACGAUCCCUGAUGCCGUCAAAGAACUUCAUCAACAGCUCACCACGCUGUUCUCGAAUUACUUUUGUUUUAUUUGUUGGAAUAUAAACUAUAGUGAGUUGAUUGUGUAGCAUUUCUGUUUAAAAGAAGCAUGUUUCUGUGAUCAUGCCAAACUCUAAAAUGCAAAAGCAGUUCAUAUGGCUAACUGGUUAUUUUUUUUUGCAUUACUAGAAAUAAAAAUAUGCACAUUU